AUGAGCCCCAUUAUCCGACGCAUUGCUGUGCUAUUCGUAUUCGCGACCUUCGUUAUACUCGCUUUCCGCCAACUCAGCACCCGAAACGAGCUCCCCUCGCCGACUUUCACGUCAUCGAAUCGAAUCGAUCAUGCUGUAGCAUGGAAGCGCGUACCGAUACGAAACCCAGUUUCUUCGCUGGCCCCUCUACCCACUGGCACGCCGGUUACCAUCCCACGGAUACAGCAUGAGUUCGGAGUUGAGACCGAGCACAAGAAGGCGGAACGGUUGCAUAGACAAGCAGCCGUGAAGAAGGCAUUCCUGCAUAGUUGGGAAGGAUACAAAACACACGCAUGGCUACAGGACGAAGUGGCUCCGGUAACAGGAGGCUUCAAGAAUGGCUUUGGACAGCGUGGAGCAACAUUGGUAGACGCGCUCGAUACCUUGGCUAUCAUGGGAUUGGAAGAAGAGUUCGACAAGGCUGUACAUGCUAUCAAGAAGAUUGAUUUCACCACUGCAGGCGUCGCGCGUCUAAAUGUCUUCGAAACUACUAUCCGCUACCUCGGCGGUCUGCUCAGCGCAUACGAUCUGAGCAAGGCGAAACACCAUACACUACUACACAAGGCGACUGAGUUGGGAGACAUGCUAUAUGCUGCAUUUGAUACACCCAACAGGAUGCCAAUCACACGAUGGGACUGGGAGAACGCUGCCUUGAAUGGCCACCAAGAAGCCGAUGCGCAAGCACUCAGCGCAGAGAUUGGAUCUCUGACGCUCGAGUUCACCCGCCUUUCGCAACUCACCGGCGACCUAAAAUACUAUGAUGCCAUAGCGAGGGUCACCAAUAUGCUUGAGAAGCAUCAAAAUCGAACCAAGCUGCCCGGCCUGUUCCCCGUACUCGUCAGCCCGGGUCCGGAAGUAUACAAUGUUGAUGGAACAUUCACAAUGGGUGGGAUGACAGAUUCGCUAUAUGAAUACUUGCCGAAACAGCAUCUACUGCUGGGGGGACUGACGGAUCAAUACCAGAAGCUCUAUGAGAACGCCAUCGAACCAGCAAAGAAACACUUGUUCUUCAGACCCAGGGUACCACAGGGUCAAGAUAUCCUCGUUUCCGGCGAUGCCCGUAUCAGCUCUUUUGGCUCUGUCAAGCUGGAACCAAAUGGCCAACAUCUUGCUUGCUUCACGGGUGGCAUGGUUGCUCUAGGUGCCAAAAUCUUCAACCGGACCGAUGAGCUAGAUAUCGCUCGUAAGCUGGUAGAUGGUUGCACUUGGGCUUAUGAAGCGAUGCCUACUGGUAUCAUGCCAGAGACCUUCAGAAUGACGCCCUGCUUUGGCGAAGAAGACUGCGCAUGGGACGUGGAGAAGUGGCACGCUUCUGUCAAGUACUCGUAUUCUAGUAACAUCCACGCUGAACACUAUGACGUUCAAGACGUCAUCAAAGAGAUAGGGCUCCAGCCUGGUUUCUCUAAGAUUGGAGACCCUAGAUUCCUGCUACGCCCCGAAGCCAUCGAAUCCGUCUUCGUCCUCUAUCGCAUUACCGGCGACACCACCCUCCAAGAUACUGCCUGGCGCAUGUUUGAGUCCAUCAACAAUGCUACCAUGGCCGAGUUUGCGCAUUCCGCUAUCGCAGACGUGACGAUACCGAAAGACCAAGAGACACUCAAGCUGGAUGAAUGUGAAAGCUUUUGGAUGGCGGAGACACUCAAAUACUUCUACCUGAUCUUCAGUGAACCAGAUCUUGUCAGCUUGGACAAAUACGUGUUCAACACUGAAGCACAUCCAUUGCGCCGGCCGCAUUAG